AUGGCGAACCUACCGCGGUUCGACUUAACCUUCGCCUUCCGAGAAGCUUCCUUUUCUGACUGCGUCCUUCGGCUUGUGAUUGAGUCACCCUCCCAAGGAAUGCGUGACGCUUCACCUGCCACGGACACAUCACGGUUUGGUAAAGGCAACGCCGACAACACCAGCUCUGCAGCACCAGCGACAACAACAUCUCACAAGCCCAUCCCUGCCGCUGCUGCUGCUACUCCUCAAACGCCACAUGUUGCCGCUGCCACUGCUCAUGAAGCAUCAACCUCCCCCGCGGAGCCUUUGACUCGGGACGUACCAGCAGCGUCCGUGGUACUGGCGUCCAAGUCAACCUUCUUCCGCGCUCUCUUCACCAGCGGGUUCAGUGAGACUCUCGAUCGACGGCUCGUGCACAUCCACCUUUUUGCCCAGGGUAUGUUCUGA